UUGUUUUAUUAGGAUUAAAAGUGCCAUUUUUUGCGACGAGCAAAUUUUGCAUUUGCGAGGCGGAGCGAAGCGAAGCCGAGCGGAUGCAAAAUUGCGAGUCAAAAACUGACUUUUAAUCCGAAUGAAACAUACUACUUUUUCGCCAGCCAAAAAGUAAAUCUCAAAAAUACAAAAUAUUGAUAACAAUAAUAUCGAGCAGAAAUGAAUCAAUCUGCAAAGUAGUCUGGUAUCCACGUCGUCAAGGCUUUUUUUGUUUGCUUACAUACCAUUGUUUUGUGAAAACGUUUGCAGUGUUAAUAAUGAAUCCUGAAGAAGAGUUACCUCCCGAUGUGCUAGAAGAAGCACAAAACGUGGUACUGAACUUGUUAUCAACAAAAUCGCGCGAAGUGUAUAAGUGCGCGUAUACCCGCUUCAUCAAAUGGUGCGAAGGGAAAAAGAUUCAAACUUAUUCUGAGAACGUCCUAUUGGUAUAUUUUUCCGAAUUGGCUACAAAAAUGAAGUCAUCCACACUGUGGUCGCAGUAUUCCAUGGUGAAAGCAACUUUAAAUAUAAAAAAUGGCAUAGAAAUCGGAAAGUAUUCAAAAUUAAAAGCGUUUAUAAAGAAACAAGGAGAAGGAUACGUUCCAAAGAAAUCAAGGGUUUUAACUAAUGAACAAAUAGAAGUUUUCUUAGACACGGCUCCGGAUUUCAAAUUCCUGAUGAUGAAAAUUGUUGUAAUCUUUGGCGUUAGCGGAGCUUGUCGGUGUCACGAACUAUUACAAAUAAAAACUGAAGAUAUUGAAAAUAUUAAAGCAGGUUUAUUGGUAAAAAUUCCUGAUACCAAAACGAAAAAACCCAGAUCAUUUACGGUUAUGGGGGAAAAGUAUUUGAAAUUUUACGAAAAGUAUGUUGCGCUUCGUCCAAAAAUGUUUAAUGAAGGUCGGUUUUUUAUUAAAUAUGUCGACGGAAUGUGCCAUCGACAAGUAGUUGGCAUUCAUAAAAUUAGUGGUGUACCCCAAGAAGUAGCCAAAUAUUUAAAGCUAGAAAACUUUAAAGAAUACAGCGGACAUUGCCUACGUCGGACUUCUGCCACGCUUUUUGUGGAUUCUGGCGGUGAUAUUACGUCCCUCAAGAGGCACGGUGGGUGGAAAUCUGACAGUGUAGCCGAAGGUUACAUAGAAGAGUCUCUUAAACACAAAAAAGAUGUAGCAAAAAAAAUUUUUCGUUUGGAAGAACCAGGUACAAGUAGUGAAACCACAAGUAAAAUACAUGAAGACGCAACGAAUAGGAAUGUGAGCGAAGUAAACCUAGAAGAAUCAGGUACAAGUAGUGGAACUACGAAUAGAAUGAUCACACGUGAAGACGGAAUAAGUAGGAAUGUGGGAGCAGUAAACCUGAAUUUUGACACUGUGACCAACCAGACAGCAGGAGCGGUAGAAGUGUUAGCGCAAAAUAUUAUUACUGACCGCAUGAAAAAUGAUAAUAGUGACGGAAAAUCUUUAAUCCAAAUCAAUCGCAGUUGUUCUUAUUGUACAUUCAAUAUUAAUUUUAAAAUUUAAAUAAU